AUGACCGUUAGUGAGAGCGACGAAAUUUUUGUGAAGGGAUUGAAUAUAGUGUCCACUUGGAGUAAGUCUGUUGUCGCGAUGGGACGGAUUCAAGAGUUCUUCGCUUCCAAGACGGUUCUUGUGACUAGGGCCACUGGCUUCCUAGGAGGAGUCCUUAUCGAGAGGCUGUUGUCCUCUUGUCCAGAUUUGGAGGAGAUCUUCGUCGUUGCGAGGCCCAGGAAAGGGCAAUCUCCAAUUCAGAGGUUGCAGUUCCUCCUGUCCUUGCCGGUGAGUUCUAUACAAUACGUCAUAUAA